AUGGCGGCGCUGUUGCUGUGGCAGGGCGCCAUCCACUUCAACGUCGCCCUCGCCGCCGCGUGCGCCUUCGUCUUCCCUGCUCGCGUCGCCAUGCUGGUGUUGUGCACGCAGCUCUUCUCCGUGCUCGUCCCGGCCGAUGCGUUCACCUUUAUCCAAAUGCUACUAAUAGCGGCUUGUAAGUGCAGGUUCAUAUGCAAACAUGGGCUCGGCUACUUCCCCGUUACUCUGCAGGUGGAACAUUACGAAGCCUUUGAUCCUCAAGGAGCUUACGUAUUUGGUUACGAGCCACACUCAAUAAUGCCAUUUGGCGCAUGGGCAUUGACGGAGCCCGCUUCAUGUAUGCCUCUACCGAAGAUGAAGAUAUUAACGAGCAGCGCGGCAUUCUACAUCCCGUUAAUGAGGCAGAUAUGGAUGUGGCUUGGUUCAGUUCCUGCUACGAGAGAAAUUUUCUGCUCCCACCUUGCCGAUGGCUACAGUUGUGUCGUGUCUCCGGGAGGCUUAAGGGAGACACUACAUAUGAAUCCUGGUUUGGAGGUUGCUUUCAUUAAGUCAAGAAAAGGUUUCGUGAAGAUCGCUAUGCAAAAUGGUUGCCCUUUAGUGCCCAUUUUCUGCUUUGGACAGAAUGACGCAUACAAGUGGUGGAAUCCAGAUAUCAAAUUACUUACCAGGAUUGCGACAGCACUGAAAUCCAUUCCGGUCAUCUAUUGGGGGAAGUUCGGGACGCCAAUACCAUAUCGAACCCCCAUGCAUGUUUUUGUUGGAAAACCUAUCCCUGUUGAGAAAAGGGGCCAACCUACAAAGAAUGAGGUAAAUGAAGUCCAUGGACAAUUUGUCACCGCGUUGCAGGAGCUAUUUGAGAAAAACAAAGCCAAAGCAGGAUACCCCGACCUCCAUCUCGAAAUCGUGUGACUUGUUUCAAAUGGUACCAGCACUUGAUCAACUGAGCGGUGCCUUCAAAAUAAAGGAUUUUGCACUGGGUGUGUUUGCAUCCAAUUAUUGACCUUUACUGUGCUAGUAUUUUGAGCAAAUGGACACAAGCUGUGCACCAUUUCUUUUACUGCCUCAGACUUUUGUAGACCCUUUUAGACCUCCCAUGCUAUGUUCCUUAAAUCAUGUCUGUGAUAUUGUGAUGUGGAUUGAGAAUAAUAAUAAAAUGGAAGAGUUGUCAUCACCACCA